AUGUCAGAAUCAUUAGUAGAUAUUGGGUUUGAUACGACACCAUCAACAACAACAACAACAAAUCAAUUAAACGAUGGUAACAAUAAUCAAAAUGAACCAAAAAAUUUAGAAGAUAUAUUGCCACUUGGUAAAGAGGCGUUGAUAGGAUACAAUUCACCAUCGACUGGAAAAAAUGAUCAAAAAGGAAAGAAAAAUACAAAUACAAAGGCACAACAAAAUUCAUUGUCGUCUAGUAAUCAAGAUUCAUUGACUUCAUCUCAGAUAUUGGAUGGUUUUGGAAUGAACACCAAUACAACAACCUCCAACUCUGAAGUUCCAGACAAAAAAAUUAAAGAAGACGAGCUCCUAAUAGAUUUUUCGUCUCCUCCAUUACCAAAAAAGAAUUUAAAAUAA